AUGUUCUUCCUCUCCACCAGCACAGAAGACGACAUGGACGUCAACCACCGCGGCGGCCCACCGGGAUUCGUCCGAAUAAUUUCCCCAACUACCCUCGCCUACCCCGAAUACUCUGGGAACCGGCUCUACCAAUCCCUCGGCAAUCUUAUGCUAGAUCCAAAAAUCGGGCUUGUGUUUCCAGACUACGAAACCGGAGAUGUUGUGUAUAUAACCGGCACGACCGAGAUCCUCGCUAGCACAGACGCCUCUGCCCUCCUCCCAGGCAGCAACCUCGCCGUCAAAAUAACAAUCUCAGAAUGCCGGUACGUAAAAACGGGUCUAUCCUUCCGCGGCACAAAGAAAACACCGAGUCCGUACAACCCACUCGUCCGUACACUAGCUACUGAAGGCAACAUCCGCGCCGCUCUCUCCAGCACCACCUCCUCUUCCACUUCCACGCGGCAAACAGCCCUCCUCACAAAGAAAGAAAUCCUCACACCCAGCAUCGCACGCUUCACUUUCUCCGUCGAUGGCGGUCUGACAUACCGGCCUGGUCAGUGGAUCGCGCUUGAUUUCAGUCAAGAGCUCGAUGUAGGGUAUGAGCAUAUGCGGGAUGAGGAUCCGGGGAGUUUGAAUGAUGAUUUUGUUAGGACGUUUACGAUCUCCUCGAACCCUAAGGCAGGAGAUGGGAGUAAAGAGAAGAAGUUUGAGAUUACUAUCAGAAAGGUGGGGACUGUGACGAAGUUCCUGUUCCAGCAGAAUGAGCGGGCAGGGUUGGAGGUUGGUGUUUUGGGGGUGGGAGGGGAGUUUAAAGUCGAGAGUGCUAGGGCUGGGGAGGGGAGAAACGUGUUUGUGGCUGGCGGUGUGGGCGUCACGCCUUUAUUCGGCCAGAUCGGUGGGCUGGAUUUGCAGAACGGAGGAUUCGUGUUGCUGUGGGCGGUGAGGGGAGAGGAUGUGGGGUUGGUGCUUGAUACGUUUAAGCGGUAUCCCGGGCUUGGGAAGUGUGCGAAGGUGUUUUUGACUGGGCGGGCUGUGGAGGGUGAGCUUGCUGAGAUGAAAGAUGAGAUCAAGGCGGAGGCAGAGGUGGUGGAGAGGAGGAUGAUGAAAAGUGAUGUACAGUAUGUGCAGGCUGAGACGUGGUAUGUGUGUGCUGGAAAGGGGAUGAGAAAGGAGGUGACUGGGUGGCUGGAGGGACAGAAAGUGGUGUUUGAAGACUUUGAUUACUGA